ACCAUGCUACAAAGGGACAUGAAGCCAGAAAGUGAGAGACCACGGAAAGUCCGGUUUCGAAUCGCAUCAUCUCACAGUGGGCGAGUUCUGAAGGAAGUUUAUGAAGAUGGGCAGCCCUCAGCCUCUUUGGAUUCUGAAUGUGCCAGUAUCUGUGGGGUUGAUGGGCUCAGUGAGUCUGACGGACAGCAGAACGGCCACAUAGGAUCAGAAGGCAAUGAACCUGAGAAUGAUCAGGAUAACUUGCUGGUGCUAGCGAGGGCUGCUAGUGAGAAGGCUUUUGGUACAAGAAGAGUCAACAUUUUAAGCAAAAAUGGCACAGUCAGAGGCGUCAGAUACAAAGUGAGUGCAGGCCAAGCUCUAUUUAACAAUUUGACCAAAGUAUUACAGCAACCAUCAACCGACCUAGAAUUUGACCGCGUAGUGAUUUAUACCACUUGCCUUCGUGUGGUAAGGACAACUUUUGAGAGAUGUGAACUGGUGAGGAAAAUCUUCCAAAACCAUCGAGUAAAAUUUGAAGAGAAAAACAUAGCUCUGAAUGGAGAAUAUGGGAAAGAGUUAGAUGAGCGAUGCCGACGAGUUUCUGAAGCUCCUUCUCUCCCCGUCGUGUUCAUUGACGGCAAUUAUCUUGGGGGUGCUGAGAAAAUUUUGUCAAUGAAUGAAUCAGGAGAAUUGCAAGACCUCUUAACCAAAAUUGAGAGAGUGCAGCAUCCACACGAGUGUCCCUCCUGUGGAGGCUUUGGCUUUCUUCCGUGCUCUGUGUGCCAUGGGAGCAAGAUGUCAGUGUUUCGAAACUGUUUUACAGACUCUUUCAAAGCUCUGAAGUGUACAGCUUGCAAUGAGAACGGUCUCCAGCGUUGUAAGAACUGUGCUGGUUAGUCAGAGAUUACAUUAAGAAAAAGCCUCA